AUGAACAUCCGAGUGUUAGUCGAAACAAUUACUGUUAGACAUGAUGGAGAAUUCUGUAGGCCAACAGAGAGCCCUCAGUUGGAGUUUGAUGUGUCCAACGGUGCGUCAAUGGGCCGAAAUAGUUUAUCAGGAAAGGGUCGCUCGGAAGAUGAACUGUGGCUGGUGGAUGUUGGAACUUGGCUGCAGCAAGCAGCUUUGAAUGUUCAUUUACACCAUGACAUUUUAUGCACCAUUAGACGCAAAUCCCGAGCAGCUCGAUUUGAUUCAGCUACCCAAAUAAAACUGCGCGAGAGAUGUUGGCGCUUUGACGUUCAAAAUAUGUUGCGCCUGAUUUACAAUGGAACGCCUAAUUACGGAAGAGUCAUCCGUUAUCCCAGAGGCCCAGAUUUAGGACCAGAUGUCCGCUGCGUUCAACGGGUUCCUCCAGGUCACAACGAUGCCAACAUCCUUGUCCUGACGGACUCGCUG